AUGUCGAAGCCAGAGUUAUCUGAUCGCCAAGGCCGGCUUAUCGUUCACUACGACGACAUCGACGAAGACAUAUGUGUAUACCGUGGAUCCCAUGUAUACCAACUUAACCUGGAGAACCUCGGAUAUGAACUUGUUAUCCUGUUGCCUGGAACUCCUAUCACAAUCACAGAUGGGUUAGAUACGGACUAUUGGAACAAAGCGGGCAGGGAUCGCUGCGAAUACGCUCCAAUUAGCUCACAUUGGCGUCCGCUAAAGCAAUCUAAAUCCUCCCCGAGUCCGAGGUCUGCGAAGGAAUUGUUCGUUCGGUUACGUAAAAGCUUGAUAGUCUGCAAGAGUGGAAGUGUUCACAAAUACGCAGAGACUUCCUCCGUGUACACCGGCCUAUUGUUCCACUCCCGUCAUUUUGAAAUGACGUUGAAGAUUCCCACGUUUGCGCAGCGCAAUAUUGAAUACGAGAAUCGAAUCCACGAGUCAGAGCUUGGAGAUCGGAAUUUGUAA